AAUGAAUCCAGAAUGUAUGACAUUUUUGUUUUUUUAAUUGCAUCACAGAAAAUAAAGAACUUUAUCACAAUAUUCAAAUUUUCUGAGACAGUCCUGUAAAUGCCAGUCUUUAAAAAUAUUUUCACUAAAUAUAAUUGUUGAAGGGAUUCUAUAAAAUGCUAUUAAAUGGCUGGUAAUGAUUUUCGUUACUAUGACUGUUUGUUUAUACAUAUUUGUAUUUAUAUAUAAUAAAGGUUUAAAAAAAUAAUAAACAAACAUUGAGUUGUGUCGUCACCAGCAGGGGCCGGUCGCUGUUGUUAUGACGUGAAGAACGUGUUCGCCAUAAUGAUAAUAAACCGUGAACACACAGCUACAAUAAAGCACAUUAAGAGUUGCUUGUGAGACGGUCCUUGAAUUGUUGAUACUGGCCGGAUAGCAACCAGGUUCUGCAGUUCCACAUGGGGAUUCCCGUCUCGGUGAAUUUGAGAAAGGCAAGCAGGAACUGAGUGGAACAAGACUGGAUCAUGGCAUCAGCAUCUGCCAGUGUGGAUUCGAAAGCAGAGCUGACUGCUCUGCUGGAACAGUGGGAGAGGGAACAACAUGGCAGCACGCAGGAGCUGGUUAACAUCCUCACUAAAAUCUCUGAGCUUGUUGAGAAAGAGACAGAGGAGUACCACAAAGCGGAUCCUGACCCUUUUGAUGAUAGACAUCCUGGGAGAGCUGAUCCAGAAUGCGUGUUAGGGCACCUCUUAAAGAUUCUUUUCAAGAAUGAUGACUUCAUGAACACAUUGGUGAACAACUAUGUGAUGACCAGCAGAGAAUUUUCUCUCAACGCAGCGGCUUGUCGUUUGCUGCAAAACAUCAUGCCUGGACUGGAGACAGCUGUAGUAUUUCAAGAAAAGGAGGGCAUAGUUGAAAGGCUGUUUAAGUGGGCUCAGGAGGCUGAACAGCCUCUCAGAAUCUAUGCAACAGGAUUGCUAGCAGGCGCCAUGGAGAACCAGGACAUUGCUGCCAACUACAGAGAGGAGAACUCUGUUUUGGUUCCUUUGAUGCUGCAUCGGUUGCGUGAGCUUCAGAAUAAGGAUGCUGAGAACAAAAGGGAAAUGAAACGUCCUAGUCCCAGGAAGAUGUUCGGUGAACCUUUGUUAACUUUAAAUGAGGAGACUGUUGAUGGAAGCUUUGAAGAGAAGCCCUUUACAACAGGCAGAAAUGGAGCGGAAAAGGAGGGGAUGGGACCGGAGGGAGAUGGUGAUAUUCCCUUUGCAUCUAUUGAGCCUGAAAAUGAGCUUUCAUUUCGUUUUGCCUCCCCUCACAAGACAAGUAGCCGUGCCAACUCUGCUGUUAAAACCAUGAUGAAGCCCAUGUCUGCCCCAAGUUCACUGACGGACCCCAACAUAUCUGAAUGUAGCAGUUACCUAAAAAGAAGGGCAGAGAGGGAGAUUGCCAGAACCCCAAAACAGAAGCUAAAUUUUUCUUUGCCGGAUCCAGAGAGGAACUUCAGUGAGCUUUCCAACAGUAGCUGGUCUGAGAUGAGCCCCUGGGUAAUUGGUAACAACUAUCACCUGUACCCGUUAACCCCAGAGAUCGAGCAAAGACUCAUCCUGCAGUAUCUAACACCUCUGGGGGAGUAUCAGGAGCUGUUGGCAGUGUUUAUGCAGAUGGGAGCUCGUGAGCUGCUUGUGCACUACAUGGAUCUGAAGCAGACCAAUGAUGUGCAACUCACCUUUGAGGCUCUCAAGUAUCUUGCUUCAUUGCUGUUACACAAGAAGUUUGCUGCAGAGUUUGUUAAUCAUGGAGGAGUUCAAAAGUUGCUGGAAAUUCCCAGACCUUCAAUGGCUGCUACUGGAGUGUCACUGUGCCUCUAUUAUCUAGCCUAUAACCAGGAUGCCAUGGAAAGGGUGUGCAUGCUGCCCCACUCCAUCCUGUCCGAUGUGGUUGCUUACACGCUGUGGCUCCUGGAAUGUUCACACGCGUCUGGUUGUUGCCAUGCUACCAUGUUCUUCUCCAUUUCCUUUUCCUUCCGUGCUGUUUUGGAGCUUUUUGAUAAGCAGGAUGGGCUCCGACGCCUCGUCAAUUUGAUCAGCACACUGGAGAUCCUGAACCCUGAGGACCAGGGAGCUCUGCUGAGUGAUGAUGAAAUUUUCUCCAGCAGGCAGACAGCCAAACACACCUGCAUGGCUCUGCGCAGGUAUUUUGAGGCCCAUCUGGCAAUCAAGGUGGAGCAGGUGAAGCAAUCCCUGCAGCGCACAGAAGGAGGUGCCCCCAUUCACUCGCAGCCAUACUACAAGGCAGUCAGCUACAGCCGUGAGCAGGUGGUGGAAAUGAUGGAAUUUCUUAUAGAGUAUGGUCCGCUUCGACUAUACUGGGAACCAGCAGAGGUAUUUCACAAGCUGUCCUGUGUCCAGCUACUUCUGCAGCUCAUCUCCAUUGCCUGUGACUGGAGGACUUAUUACGGCAGGAGUGAUACGGUGCGUUAUGCUCUCGACAUCCUGAGUAUUCUCACUGUUGUUCCAAAAACUCAGCUGUUGUUGUGUGACGCUGUUGCUGUGCUGGAUGAGGGCGGAUCCACCGUUUCUACUGUGGGGAUGAGUAUAGUCCUGGCAGUGGCAGAAGGAGAGGUGUUUGUGAAUGAUGCAGAAAUUCAGAAGUCAGCUCUUCAGGUUGUCAUCAACUGCGUUUGCGCACCGGACAAGCGCAUGUGCAGCAUUGGCAAAUUUAUUGCAGGCACUCCCCGUCGCCGCCUGCCGCAGCAGACCAAAGCCAGCGAGAGCGUGCUGGCAAAGAUGUGGAAUGUUGUGCAGUCCAAUAAUGGCAUCAAGGUGUUACUGUCUUUACUGACUGUGAAGAUGCCCAUAACAGAUGCAGAUCAGAUCCGAGCUCUGGCUUGUAAGGCUUUGGUGGGUCUGUCUCGCUCCAGCUCUGUCAGACAAAUCAUCAGCAAGCUACCUUUGUUCAGCAGCGGACACAUCCAGCAACUCAUGAAGGAGCCUGUGCUCCAGGACAAGCGCAGCGAACAUGUCAAAUUCUGUAAGUUUGCUGCUGAGCUGAUAGAAAGGAUCUCCGGGAAGCCAUUGCUGAUUGGUACAGAUGUGUCUCUGGCGUGGCUUCAGAGGGCCAGUGUGGUUGCUCAGUCCCGCAUCAGCUUCCCUGAGAAGGAGCUGCUGCUGCUCAUUAGGAACCACCUUUUGGCCAAAGGCCUUCACGACACAGCAACCACACUCACCAAAGAGGCAGACCUCCCCAUGGCAUGUUUGUCACAUUCUUCACAUUCAAAUGCUGCUUUCCCUUCUGUUGCUCCUCCUCCACCGGCCUCUCCCGUUGCUACGUUGCCCCGCACCCCACGGCUGGCCAAUGGUGUUGGGUCAAGACUUGGAAACCAUCCCUCACUUUCAUCAACCCCAGCAUCCAGUCAUCAGCAAACACGUCCCUCCACCUCACAACCAUCUGGGUCUUCUAACGCUUUCCCGUCAACGUCUGUCCCGCACUGUAACAACGGCUCUCCGCUGAUAGGUCGCAUCAUUUUCUCUCGUGAACGGCAAACGGUUUGCAGUACAGUGAGCUGCAAGAAAGCCAGAGUGCUCCGACAGAAGUCUGACCACGGAGCCUUCAGCCAGAGUCCAGCCAUGAAGAAACAGUUUGACAGACACUUGCCUUCUCCCCCUGCAUUGGACAGCAUUAUCACAGAGUAUUUGAGGGAACAACAUGCACGCUGUAAAAACCCUGUUGCUACCUGCCCACCUUUCUCUCUCUUCACCCCUCAUCAAUGUCCCGAACCCAAACAGAGACGCCAGGCACCCAUCAAUUUUACAUCCCGACACACACGGAGAGUCAUAUAUCCAAAGUACGGAGGUGUAGAUGGAGGAUGCUUCGACAGACACCUAAUUUUCAGCAGGUUUCGUCCAAUCUCUGUGUUCAGGGAAGCAGACGAGGAUGAGAGUGGAUUCAUGUGUUGUGCUUUCUCAGCUCGUGAACGUUUCCUGAUGCUCGGGACAUGUACAGGGCAGCUGAAGCUCUACAAUGUGUUUACAGGCCAGGAGGAAGCCAGCUAUAGCUGUCACAGCUCAGCCAUCACUCACCUGGAGCCCUCACGGGAUGGUUCCCUGCUCUUAACAUCAGCCUCAUGGAGUUACCCUCUGUCUGCAUUGUGGGGCAUGAAAUCAGUGUUCAUCAUGAAGCAUUCUUUUUUGGGGGACCAUUAUGUGGAAUUCAGUAAGCUUUCACAAGAUCGUGUCAUCGGGACUAAGGAACAUGUAGCACGUAUCUAUGACAUCCAGACAGGUCAGGUGUCUCUGAUUCUCAACAACCCAGACCUGGCUAACAACUACAAGAGGAACUGUGCCACGUUCAACCCAACAGAUGACCUUGUCCUGAACGAUGGCGUGCUGUGGGAUGUGCGCAUGUCUCAGGCUAUCCACAAGUUUGACAAGUUCAACAUGAAUAUCAGCGGCGUGUUUCAUCCCAAUGGCUUGGAGGUCAUCAUAAACACAGAAAUCUGGGAUCUACGCACCUUCCACCUCCUCCACACGGUUCCUGCCCUGGACCAGUGCAGGAUUGUUUUCAAUAACAGCGGCACAGUCAUCUAUGGAGCAAUGUUGCAAGCUGAUGAUGAAGAUGACAUAAUGGAAAUUCAGAUGAAAAGUCCAUUUGGUUCAUCAUUCAGGACCUUCAAUGCCACAGACUAUAAACCAAUUGCCACAAUUGAUGUGAAGAGAAAUAUAUUUGACCUUUGCACAGAUACAAAAGACUGCUACCUGGCUGUAAUUGAGAACCAAGACUCAGUCAACACUGACACUGUGUGCCGACUCUAUGAAGUUGGUCGGCAAAGACUUGCAGAGGAAGAAGAAGAUGAGGAGGAUCAGGAGGAUGACGAUCAAGAGGAAGACGACGACGACGAUGAUUCCGAUGAGGAUGUUGAUACGGAUCCCCUAAUCGCCGAGCUGGAGAAUGAAAAUGGUGAUGAUGAAGAUGAGGAUGAUGGGAAUGAUGAAUUCUCUCCUUCAGACGAAGAGGUCGCACGGCUUCUGGAAGAUGAUGCUGACGGUGGGGAUGAUGAUGAUGACGACGAUGAUGACGAAGAUGACAAUGAUGAAGAUGACACUGAUAACGAUGAUGUUGAUUUGGAUGGCGACAAUGACAGCUCUGAUAACUCUGACCUGGAGGAUGACAUCAUCCUAUCCCUGAAUGAGUGAGGGGGUCAUUGACAUCCAAGACAAAGAACUCUGCCAACGUGUCAAGACUUGUGCCUCACAGACAUUUGAGCUGUAAAGGGGGUUCAAAGAGAGCGUAAUGUCAGCGGACAAUGCAAAAGAUAACCUGCAUCACUGCCAAUUUGAAACAGUGUGUGUCUUAACACGAGGGAGGGUCAAGAGCAAGGGGGCAAAGGUCAAGAAGAGAAAACUUAAUGCACACAAUCUGACAUAGUAUUGGACAAAAAUGAUUGUAUAUGAUAUAAUUUUUUUAUUUAAAAAAGAAAUGGCCUGAUAACUGAAAUGGGCAGUAUGUAGAUGUGGUAAAACAAACGUUUUAUAUGUUACCACAUUUAUGAUCCUUUUAUUUGAUCCUGAUUGAUUCACUUUGUAAGCCUCUAUUUGGUCACAAGUAAGUCUUUAGAAACAAUAUACUUUGCAAGGUUUUGGGUGUGUAUUUCUGUGGCUGAGGAUACAAUGUUUUUUUUAAGCUUGUACCAGGCUGAAAGUUAACAAAAAGGACUGAAAUAUUGAAUUAGGCAGCUAAAAUAAUGUACAAACACAUUGUUCAUUCAUCAAAAGUCAAAGCCCCUGUUCAUUUCUCUUUUUUUGUGAUGACCAAAAGGCGACACAAAGCAGAGCUAAAUGUGAACAUCACCUCCUGAUUUCAUAGUGUAAAUAGACAAUUAAACCGGUUUGGUGCUCUAGCUAGUGUGGACAUGUGUGUUGACUCAGCACAACAGACUGAGAAGCCUCUACAAGUCCUUGCAAAGGCGUUAUUUUGGCUUCAGUCACACAACACUUUGGGUUCGUGGAUUCUUUUAGGGUUUUGUGUUGAACAGCGCACGUCGUAUCAUUCAGUGAAAGUUGAGCUGAGAUUAAUGUCUGAACAUUCAGCAUUUAUCACAGUCACUUUCAUUAGAGGACCGAUGUGAGAAAGUUAGAUUCAUCUUUGUAAUUUUUGAAACAUUGAAUAUGUAAAAUUUAGCAGUAUUUCAGGUAUGUUUCUCUGACAGAAAAAUUAAGACCAUUAUUAUGGUGAAAACAGAUGCCUGACAAGUGCACACUUUUAUUUUUACACAGUGCAAACAUGUAAACAUUUCCCUUUUUUUUUUAAAUUUCUUUUCUUUUUGAAUCUAAAAUUGUACUUGUUUUCGUUUGAGCGACUUGAGUUUCUUGAAAAAGUUUAUGUACAGGAUCUAUGUAUAUAAAGUAUUUUUAAUAUGAAUAAAGUCAGUAAAUUUGU